AAUUUUGAGACCGUGUGCCAUGGAACCGGUAGCUCCCCCUCAACGUCAGCUCUGAUUAUAAAUACAAGAUGGUGUUCUUGGAUGAGAUUGUCCAUCUUUUACAUGCUUUCUAGAACUUCGCUACAAUGGCUUUAAUCCCAUGGUUUCUCCUUCUCAUCAGCCUCAUAUCUACUCUGCCAGUUGAUGUCACUCUAUCUGCUGAUCACCAGGAUAACCGGAAGGCAUUCAUAAAAGAUGCAUUUUGAACAAUUCCGUUUCUCUGCUCAAAAUAUGUUCAUUAAUUAAUUUAAUCUUCUGAUCUUGGAUAUAUUAACUGCAGGAUUAUAUUGUGUAUAUGGGUGACAAGCCAAAGCCAGAGGUUUCCACCACUACCACAUCAGCUCUUCAUGUAAACAUGCUACAAAACGUCAUCGAUGACAGGUUUAAUUAAUUAUCACAUAUGAUAGUGGGCUUAGUUAUAUAUACUGAUCACUGUUUGAAAAUACUCGCAUCGAGGGCCUUAGCGGGUGGCUUGCCGUCUAUAUUUUGUGGGAGUCGGCGAAAAACUCGCAUAGCUUCGUCGGGGCGUGCCUCAGGACGUUUGAUUGGGCGUCAGUUUUGUAUAAAGCAAUAUUGCGCACGAAUCUCUGCUUCUGCACAGCUACAAGAGAACCUUCAAUGGCUUUGCUGCCGAGCUAACAGAGGAAGAAGCACAGAAGUUGGCUGGAAUGGAUGGUGUGGUGUCUGUUUUCCCUAGUGAAACUAAGAAGCUCCAAACAACACGGUCAUGGGACUUCAUUGGGUUUCCUAAAAUAGUGAAGAGAAGCGCCAUUGAAACUGAUAUCAUUGUCGGGGUGAUUGACUCUGGAAUUUGGCCUGAAUCUGCCAGCUUCAGUGACGCCGGGUUUGGUCCACCCCCCAAAAGGUGGAAAGGCGCAUGCAAGGGCGAAGGCAAUUUUACUUGCAACAAUAAAAUUAUCGGAGCACGGUAUUACCGCGGUCAACCCUACCCACAAAAUAGCAGUGAUAUCUUGUCUCCGAGGGACACGGAUGGCCAUGGAACCCACACUGCAUCAACAGCAGCAGGGAACUUAGUUAGCAAGGCAAGUCUGUAUGGUUUAGGGUUGGGGACAGCAAGAGGAGGCGUGCCAUCAGCACGCAUUGCGGUGUACAAAGUUUGUUGGUUAGAUGGGUGCCCGGAUGCUGAUAUUCUAGCGGCAUUCGAUGAUGCCAUAGCUGACGGUGUUGACAUACUCUCUGUCUCCCUUGGGGGGUUUAAACCGUUAGAUUAUUUCAGAAAUUCCAUUGACAUUGGAGCUUUUCACGCUUUAAGAAAAGGAAUAUUCACUUCCGCGUCUGCUGGUAAUGAAGGGCCAAACCUGAAAACUAUUACAAACUUUGCACCAUGGUAUCUUGCUGUGGCUGCUAGCACCAUAGAUCGCCACUUUGAUACCAAGGUUCAAUUGGGAAACCACAAAAUUUAUGAGGGAAUAGUAACAAACACAUUUGAACUCAAGGGUAAAUUCUACCCCAUAGUAUAUGCUGCAGACGUUCCAGAUACGGCAGCUGGUUACGAUGGGGAAACAUCCAGGUUAUGCCGAAUAGGCACGUUAGACAAAAAAUUGGUGGAGGGUAAAAUUGUUCUUUGUGAUGGGCCUACUGGGUAUGGGGCUAUAUAUGCAGGCGCAUUUGGUUAUGUUUUGACAAGCCGAAUAGCAGCAGAUGUAAUCGAUCCUGUUCCAGUACCAGCAGCUUCCGUUUGGUUCCACGUUGGUAACGAAAUUGCCCAUUACUUAAACUCAACCAGGAACCCAACAGCAACAAUUUGGAAAAGUACUGAGGGCAUGGAUGCACUGGCCCCAUACGUACCUUCAUUCUCAUCAAGGGGUCCAAAUCCAAACACUCCUAACAUUCUCAAGCCAGAUAUCGCUUCUCCUGGAGUUUCCAUUCUAGCAGCAUGGCCUCCAAUUGCCCCAGUUUCAGGUUUUGAAGGUGAUGACAGGGUAACUGCAUACAAUAUAUUAUCGGGGACAUCAAUGGCAUGCCCACAUGCUGCGGGCGUGGCUGCAUACGUCAAAUCAUUUCACCCCAAUUGGUCACCUGCUGCUAUCCUGUCAGCUCUUACGACUACUGCCAAACCUAUGCGUGCAAAUCUUAACCCUGAAGCCGAAUUCGCAUACGGUGCUGGCCUAAUAAAUCCUAGUAGGGCUCCGUAUCCUGGUUUGGUAUACGACGCUGCUGAAAUCGAUUACGUAAAUUUUUUGUGUGCACAUGGCUAUAGUACCAGAUUAUUGAAAGCUCUUACCGGGAAUAGCCAUAGCUGCUCAUCAUCACAAUCUAGUCAUGGAACACUCAGUGAUCAUCUAAACUAUCCUUCUGUUGCACUUUCCACCUCGAACCCUAAAUCCGUCAAUGGCAUUUUCAAUAGGACCGUCACAAAUGUUGGAUCACCGAAGUCCACAUAUAAAGCUAAAGUGAGUGCACCACCAGGACUUGAAAUCAAAGUUAAUCCAAGCGUUCUAAAGUUCACAUCUCUCGGGCAAAAGCUAUCGUUUCAAGUCACGGUGAAAGGGUUGAUUGAAAAAACCAUAGUCUCCGGUUCUCUAGUGUGGGAUGAUGGUAAAUUCCAAGUGAGGAGCCCCAUUGUUGUGUAUUUUGUGUUUUGAGAACAAAGUAUGUGUAAUAAUGUAUGAUGCAUGAAUAAGCAAUUGCAUGAAGCUUUAAUAUGAUGUAGUACCUCGAAAUUUGAAAUGUACCCAUUUAAGGAUAUUUUAUAA